UUCUCCUUUUUGUACACGUUGAAACCAACCGUUAGAAGACCGUCGCCCCUACACGUGUACAUGACAUGUUGAGCCUACUUACUAGAGGCUGGGAUCCAACGUUCUUGGAUGUACAAAGUUCAUUCUCUUACACCGACCACAUCUUGACUCGAACUUGUCGCGUCAGCGCUCGUCACGAUCAGUGCUAAUCGUGCACACUGGAAGCCAGAGUACCAGUAUCCACGACAUUGAGGACCAAUGUUCGAUAUCUCCAGGAUCCUCAAUCCUCUCCAUAGCAGGAUUGCGCUUUUUCUGGGGCACUUCCAUCGGGAAUCCAGGAGCACCAUCCGUAAUCAAAGCAAUAUUGCGGAUGAAAAAUUGUCCCGUAGCACUGGCAAGCCACAGACUAGGAAAAUCUUACAGAGACGUCGCACUCGCGGUACGAUCUCUAAUAAUACCACGAGGAGUGAGCAUGAUAACUUGGCUGUUCGUGAUGGCGACUACUACAGUUCAGCGUCGAAUGAUGAUACCUGCUGUAUCUUGAGAGCAGAAGACACUCUGUUUAAGGUUCACAAGCUCGUGAUUUGUAGAGACGGCUCGGCUUUUGAAAGAAAACUUUGGUUUCGACGUUCUGGCAUCUCUCUAGGAGCUAGUGAUGCAAACCCACUGAUUAUUCGCUCUCACCCAGAGAAAUUCAAAGAUCUUCUCUGGGUGCUACAUGCGUUUCCUCCAGAUUUCUAUCUUAAUCCCGAAGAUGACUUUGAUGAGUCUUACACAGACUGCUAUGUCGACUUUCGUUCACUUUCUUUCUAUCGUCUUUUGAACAUCGCAGAAAUGGCGCAUAAAUAUUCCUUCCGCUCAUUCGAAUGCUGGGCUAUACACCAAAUAUGUCGCACCCUUCGGUUCCCUACUCCACGGAAAUCAGAAAAAGGCGGCACUUCAUCUGCUGCUUCAUCCGCCACACUCAUUCCCAUGUCUGGUAACAAUAAGCCAGACCUUGAUUCACCCUCCUUGCUCGAGGAACCUCUCGAAAUAUCGGACGAAACCGACGAAUUAUAUUCAAGACUAUUAUUGAUCGCUUUGACUUGCGAUCAUCCUUCAUUACUGCAUUAUUUAGUCCAGAAACUAGUCACCAAAAUACUAUGGUACAAUCACGUACCUGGCGUUUUUCUCGUUCGCAUGCUGGAGCAACAUAGGCGCCAUCCAGCCCUAGCUACUCUGCUCGGAGUAGUCUACUACCGUAUCUUGAUCGAUAUGCCGCAGACCUCUGAUAAUGACGGAGACUAUAUUCCAGAACCCCAACCAAUAUUUCCUCCGACAAUAAAUGUCGAGAGACGGAUGCAAUUUCUCGCUGCUCACCACAGGCUAACACAAGCUUGGAGGAAUAUCAGCUCCUCUCCUCCAGUACUACAUUCUUCUAGUUCGCCAGGGCGAUACCACAAUUCAAGUCGAAAGGCUCUACAACACACUUCUUGCCAAGAAUCCUGGAGAUACUUAUGGCGGACUGCAUCUCACCAAGCUGAGAGUCGUUCAUUCAUUCAUUACAGCGGGGCCGCCCUCAAAGGCAGCAGUGCGAAGAAUACUCAUGUCGGCAGCUCUGCAGAUGUUCUUGGUCUGCUGAAGAUAAUGAUGUUGCAGUUACGGAAAUUAACGGCGAGCACAUCGUCAAUCUGUAUGGACUGUUCUCUGGAAGGACUAGAAGCAGUUGAUCUGCUAAGAGAUCAGCUUAUUGAGGGACUGAUAAAUAUGUUUGUGUACGAGCAGUAAUCUUUUGUAACAAAAGUUGUCUCAAGACAAAGACAAAUCUAUAAUACAAACGAAGGCCUCUUGUCCUCGACAUAUGAUUGGUAGGAUAUUCUGAUUGGUUGCUCCCAUUUCUCACUGCACGGGCGAACGGAGCGAGUGGGCGGAACUGAGCUUCUCAUCGUGCGUCGCAAGGGUCGCUGCUAGUCUAUACUACAAACGACUCGGAUUCGUCGCUGAAUUGACCGGAUCUUUU